AUGCCACAUAUAGUAGUUGUUGGUGCUGGUGUUCUUGGUCUUACAACCGCAUUGACUUUGGCUGAGAAUUUGCCACAAAGCACAACUCAAAUAUCAGUCAUUGCCGAAUGGGGCCCACAUCUGCCCUCAAUGAAUACCUCACUCACAACUUCCAAUGAAUAUGUUUCUCCUUGGGCAGGCGCUCAUUUCCGUCCUUUCCCCAGCGCCACAGAAAAAGAGUUUGAAGAACUGAAGUUGACGAGAAAGACAUUGCAAUAUUUUCAAAAAUUGGCAUCUGACCAUCCAGAAAGUUCAGUUAAAUUUGUUAAAGGUGUGGAAUAUCUCGAAGACCCAAGCGAACUAUACAAAACUUGUGCAAGAGGUUACACAGAGGAUUUGCAAAAUUUCAAGAAAUUAGGGGUUGAUGAACGCGGUUUCUUGGGAUUUGAAUAUGAUACUUGGGUAGUUAGUCCUCCCAUGUAUCUACAAUAUCUUUAUCGCAAGUUGCAAACUAUAUAUGGUGUCAAGUUUAUUACUUUGAAGCUAGACAGUUUGCAGCAAAUAAAUACUUUGUUUUCCGAAAAGCCAAAAAGACCGAUUAUUGUCAAUUGUACUGGAAAAGGAUUGCAAUAUUCCGGAGGUACCGACCCUGCUUAUGAACCUAUCCGAGGUCAAACAUUGUUGAUUAACCCGCCUCCAGACUGUCCCUAUUUAAACAAAACAAUAACUUAUCAAUUAGCAAACAAAUCAUGGAUCUUUACCAUUCAUAGACCAUUGUAUGGUGGAGUCAUUCUUGGCGGAACCAAACAAGUUGGCGAUACAUUCUUGGGUAUUAGGGAAGAAGAUACAAAACAUCUCUUUAAAUUGGGGGAACGUUAUUUUCCAUCAUUGAUGAAGCUGGAAGCGAGAAAUGGAAAAGAGGACAAUAUUAAUAAAGAGUCAAGAAAUGGUGAAAAGUACUUUGACGUGAUGAAAGUCAACGUUGCUUUAAGGCCGGCAAGACGUGGUGGGUUGAGGAUAGAGAGGGAGAAGAUUAAUGGACAAAAUGUAAUUCAUAAUUACGGUGCUGGUGGAAUGGGAUACGAGUUGAGCUACGGAGCAAGUUUAAAAGUGUACUCACUUGUCGAAGAAAUUUUGAAUGAAUCAAAGUUGUAA